AUGCCCUCUCCCGAGUUUGUGAGCGUUCUGCGAUUAGCGGGCCUUGAUGAAUGGCUUGAGCCAGAAAGCGGGUUCGAGUCCUCGUCGCGCAAUGGGCCACAUAAACGGUUUCUCGACGACCGACUCAGUGGUCGCAGCUGUCUCGAGAUCCUAAGACUCCUCGCAAAGAACGUCAACUUUGCAGCAUACCGUGCACAACAAAUACCGGCAUUUCCGUUCAUGCGGCCAUCAUCGCCAGAUUCAUCUACUUCUGCUCAGGAAAUCGAUCCAUCGAGUUCUCCGCAUACUUCACCACUCGGCCUUCGCAGCGUCAAGCAAGCACGCCGUGAUCCGCCACCUGUAAUCCCGAAUGCUCACAAGCCUGGUAUCUUCUCGACGUAUACGCAGGAUGUGGAGGUGGUACUUUCUGGCAUUACCAUCAGUCGUGCAGCCGAUGGGGACGGAAAGGGGCAAGAGAGCAGAUACAAUCGAACUGCCGUAGACGCUUCGACAGCGCCCUCCACACCCCCACGAUCCGGGCGCGAUCACACCAGCGAUCGAACGAAUGAGGCCCUUCGUGAACCGGGCAGACAGGCCGAAAGGGGCGAAGACAACGUCCCUCUUCCUCUUACGCCGGUAUUGACGGAUGUGGUCGUACACGGCGACCGCGACGCAAUCGAACUUGGACCGGACUGGGCGUUAUCGGCGUCGACGAGUCACCCAGAUAAAACUAAGAUUUAG